AUGUUUAAUCGCUACUCUGCGCUGGUCGACGAAAACAGCAUCCCCUUCGUCCGCGCGGCGGGCGAUCAACGCAUCGUUGACUCUUCGACGAACUGGACUGCGGGCUUUGGCGACGCCUCCGGUGCCAACCUCUCCGAUAGUGACACGCUCAAUCUCAUGGGCAUGUGUCCAUUCGAUACGUUGAGCACAGGCGUCGACAGCCCCUUCUGCGACCUCUUCACAGCCGAGGAAUACGCGUCGUACGAGUACUACUACGAUAUCGACAAGUACUACGGAACAGGUCCCGGCAACACCCUUGAUCCGGUUCAGGGUGUCGGAUACGUCAAUGACCUGCUCGCUCGCUUGACUGGCCGAGCCGUACAGGACGAGACGCAGACGAACCGCACGCUCGACAGCGACCUCGCAACAUUCCCGCUGAGCCGCACCUUUUAUGCCGACUUCUUGCACGAUAACACCAUGGCACCCAUCUUCGCUGCGCACGGUCUGGUCAAUUCUACCGCGCUCGACCCGUUCUCGCCGGGUGCGAAUAGGUUGUGGGUGAACUCGAAGCUGGUGCCGUUCUCCGGCCAUAUGACGGUCGAGAAGUUGGACUGCUCUGGGAAGGAGUCGGUCAGAGUCUUGAUGAACGACGCGGUGCAGCCGCUUCAGUUCUGUGGAGCGGUUGAUGGUAUGUGCGAGUUUCAGGCGUUUGUGGAGAGCCAGCUGUAUGCGCGCGAGAAUGGACAAGGCGACUUCGAGCUGUGCGGAUUCGUUCCAUCGUAA